AUGGCUCUUAUUGGCGAUAUAAAGUCCCCGUUGUGCAGGCAUGUUGGAACUGCUGAGAUGGCAAGUGCCGUGUCCAAUGCGGGCGGCCUGGGUAUCAUCACAGCCCUGAUUUGGCCUGAGCCGGAAGGGCUGCGCCAGGAGAUCCGCAAGUGCAGGAAGUUGACGAGCAAGCCGUUUGGUGUCAACAUCACCCUUCUCCCGGCGAUUGUCCCGCCUGAUUACGAGGGGUAUGCGCAGGUCGCCAUUGACGAGGGCAUCAAAAUCGUUGAGACGGCCGGGAACUCACCAGGUCCGGUCAUCGCGAAGCUCAAGAAGGCCGGUUGUAUCGUCCUGCACAAGUGCACAACCAUCAGGCACGCCCAGUCCGCGAUCAAGCUCGGCGUCGACUUUCUGAGCAUUGAUGGGUUCGAGUGCGCUGGCCACGUGGGUGAGUCGGACAUCACAAACUUCAUCCUGCUCAGCCGAGCGCGGCAAACACUCAAGGUGCCCUUCAUUGCGUCGGGUGGUUUCGCCGAUGGACAGGGCCUUGCGGCGGCGCUGUGCCUCGGCGCCUGUGGUGUCAACAUGGGCACGCGGUUCCUCUGCACUGUUGAGAGUCCGAUCCACCACAACAUCAAGGAGCAGAUUGUAAAAUCGGAGGAGACCGACACUGCUCUCGUUCUGCGGCGCUGGCGCAACACGACGCGCUUGUACCGCAACAAGGUUACCGAGCAGGCGCUCAAGGUGGAACACGAGAGCAAGACGGGAGAGUUUUCCGAGAUCGCGCCAUACGUCAGCGGCAAGCGCGGCCGCGAGGUGUUCGUAAAUGGUGACCCGGAGUAUGGCGUCUGGACGGCGGGCCAGGUUAUCGGUCUGAUCCACGAUAUACCCAACUGCAAGGACCUCGUCGCGAGGAUCGAGAAGGAGGCAGAGGAAACGCUGAAGGAAAGAUUAGGGUUAUUUACCCCCUCGCCAAAGCUAUAA